AUGAGGGGCAUUGGGCAUGGGGAGGGGUGGGGGUGGAGUUGCGAGUCCUUGAUGCCGUGCGUCCGUGAUGGGGGUGAAGGGGGUGAAGGGGGUGAAGGGGGUGAUGGGGGUGAAGGGGGUGAUGGGGGUGAAGGGGGUGAUGGGGGUGAAGGGGGUGAUGGGGGUGAUGGGGGUGAAGGGGGUGAUGGGGGUGAUCCGGGUGAACCGGGUGAUGGGGGUGAUGGGGGUGAUGGGGGUGAUGGAGGUGAAGGGGGUGAUGGGGGUGAAGGGGGUGAUGGGGGUGAAGGGGGUGAUGGGGGUGAUGGGGGUGAUGGGGGUGAUGGGGGUGAAGGGGGUGAUCCGGGUGAUCCGGGUGAUGGGGGUGAUGGGGGUGAUGGGGGUGAUGGGGGUGAUGGGGGUGAAGGGGGUGAUGGGGGUGAUGGGGGUGAUGGGGGGGAUGGGGGUGAUGGGGGGGAUGGGGGUGAUGGGGGUGAAGGGGGUGAUGCGAAGCCGAGCUUGAUGCCGUGCUUCUCAUAG